UCAGAGUAUGGCGGCCAAUGUCUGUAUUGCCUGACGGAUGUCGUCUGUCUUCAGGCAUGGCCGUGUUCGACAAGUGCUCCGUGCUUUUGGUGCUGAAAGACUUACCGUGCAAAGAGAAGAAGAGUGUGAGCUCGCUGGUGACCGAAAACGGAGGACAAUUAUGCUUUGCGGUCAACAAGCAGUGCUCCUUCGUCGUGGUCAGCGACGUGUCCCACCUGAGCGCCAGCAGGCUGCGAAACGUCCAGAAGUUCCACACACCAGUGGUGGGAGUGGAUUACCUGCACAGGUGUGUGAAGGAAGGCGUCCUCCUGCGUAACCAUGACUACCAGAUGGAUACCUCCUCGCCUUCUUCUCACUCGCCUGCUCUCACUUUGCCAGUUCAGCUAUUCAACAAUCAAGCACUUGCAGCCGGCAAAGUGGUUGCCAAGCCCCCGCCGUAUGAAAACUCGCCCCCGGAGAAAAGCGAGGACAUCCUGGGCAAGUUCAGGGUUUACACAGACCGCGACAAAGACCUACCGGCGUAUCCGGAAGACUUCAGCGUGGCCAAGUAUUCCAUCUUUCAAAAGAAUGACAGCAGCACCUGGUGUGUGUUGGAGCUGCAGAGCGCCAAACAGGACAAAGGGCCGCGGUUCCGCGUGGUGCGCUACUGGAAGCACGGCAAGGCGGUGCAAAAGGACAUGCUGCUGUUCCUGUCCACCUCCGAAGAGGCCGUGGAGGUCUACCAGACGCUGACAGAGUCCCUGUCCACUUGCCGUAUGCAGCCCAGGACCGACAUCCCCGCGCAGGCCCAGGACCUGGGCUCUGGCCCCCUGCGACAGCUGCUGCUGGAGGAGAAGCUGAGCGCCGGAGUCUUGUCACACGAUGUGGGCGUCUUUGUGGAGCUGCUAUGGACCGAGGCCCUGGGUUGCCUUGGCAACAUCCUCCGAGUGCCCGUCAAUCAACUCAGCCUGAAUGACGUGAGCCGGGCGGAGGGCUUGUGGAUCGAAGCCCAGAGGAUGCUGAAGGAGGGGUGUAUCGCCGAGGUGAUCACUCUCCAGAAUGAGUUUUACUCGCUGCUGCCUCACAGGAUGCCCGAUAGGAAUCCCAGUGCCAAGAUUUUCUCCCAGAAACUGGACCUGUGUCAGUUAAUCCGAGACAUCCUGAACGUGAGCGAGAUGACCCUGAGAAGCCCCGCCCCUUCCAGCUUGGGCAAGUUCCGCGCCCUGAGGUGCAGCAUCGAAACGGUGGACCCCGGCAGCGACGAGUCUUGCGCCUUGACCUCCCUGCUCCAGGACAGCCCUGUGCGGAUCCAUCAGGUGCUGCGUGUCAGCAGAGCAGUGGAGCUUCAGACUUUUAAAGGCCAGCUCGGCAACGUCAAGUCCCUCCUCCACUCCUCCAGCGCCAGCAACUUUGUCGGAAUUCUGUCUCGGGGUCUGCUGCUGCCUAGUGUCGGCGUAGAGCUCCACGGCGUCGACAGAACGGACGCCGGCAGCCUCGGAAGUGGCAUCUACUUCAGCGAUAGCAUGAGAACGUGCCUCAAGUACUCCAAGCCCGGCGCCACAGACGGCUCUCGGCUGCUGGUGGUGUGCGACGUGGCCCUGGGGGAUUGCCUGCAGCUCCACCACAGAGACCCCACACUGACUCAGGCCCCCGAGGGGCACGACAGCGUGCGCACCACCUGCUGCACCUCCUCCGUUUUCUCCGAGUUUGAGGAUGACGAGUACGUGGUGUACACGCCCGAGCAGGUCAAGCUGAAGUAUGUGGUGCGCUUCAGCGUGGUUGGGGAGCAAGUGAAGGCCUUCAGCCCUGCCGUCGACACCUCAACCGAGACUCCCCUGCCCCCGGCCGUCCCAGAGGUCCUUGGUUCUAAUGUCGACAUAGGAAACAUUAGGAACCCUCUGGAAGCCGUGACUGCAGGACUGCUGGACAGCUCGGGACGGCAGCUCCCCCUGCAGGCCAUCCACGUGAAGUGCAAACUGGUGGAUUUGCUCUCUCAUGUGGUCAUCUUCCAGAAGUACACCAAUCACGGCAGCACAGCCAUUGAGGCAAAGUAUGUCUUCCCAUUGGACGACUGUGCAGCCGUGUGCGCUUUUGAAGCCUUCAUCAACGGCAAGCAUGUGGUGGGACAGGUGAAGGAGAAGGAGAAGGCUCGCAGGGAGUACAAGCAGGCCAUUGAGGAGGGUCACGGAGCCUACCUGAUGGACCAGGACGCACCUAACGUCUUCACCAUCAGCGUGGGGAACCUGCCGGCGGGCGCCACCGUGCUCAUCAAGGUCACCUUUGUGUCCGAGCUCAUCAUCAAGAACGGCGCGUUGCUCUUCUCCCUGCCCGGGAGUGUGGCCCCAUGGCAGGAGAGUGCUGCACUCAAUCAGACCACGCAGGUGACCCUGGACAAAGUGCGUGUGACUGCUGAAUCAGCAAGUGGGAGAGAGUUCAGCCUGGACAUGUCCAUGGAGAUGCCCAACAAGAUCAGCAGACUGUCUUGCAUCACGCACAAAGUCCAGACCAAGAGGACCGACUGCAAGGCGGUGGUGAGCGUGCUGCCAGGGCAAGUCCUGGGUCCGGACGGCUUCCAGCUGUCGGUCAUUCUGUCCGAGGUUCACCUGCCCAGGAUGUGGGUGGAGAGGCACCCUGACAUUGACAGCCAGGCGUGCAUGCUAGUUUUCUACCCAAAGUUCGACGUCAAAGCCAGCUGCGGAUCCGACGAAGUUGUCAUUUUGCUGGACGUGUCCGAGUCCAUGCUCGGGGAACCCGUUCGCUGGUCCCGGGCGGUCGCCCUGCACGUCAUUAAAACCCUCCAGCCUCACUUCAAAAUCAACAUUGUCUUGUUUAGCACAGAUCACACGCAAGCUUUCCUGACAGCGCAGCCACUCGACGAAGCUCGACAGGCAGCAGAGAAGUUUAUCCACACCGUCUCGCCAGCGGGGGGCAGCACUGAGCUUUGGCGGCCCCUGCGAGCGCUCAGCCUGCUGCCUCCGUCGCGAGGCACCCGCAACCUGCUGCUGCUGUCCGACGGCCAUGUCCAGAACGCAGGGGCCACCUUGCAGCUCCUCCGGGACGAGGUCGCGCACAGCCGCCUCUUUGCGUGCGGCUUCAGCCCGACAGCCAAUCAGCACAUGCUGAGAGCCCUGGCUCAGGCCGGGGGCGGAGCCUAUGAGUAUUUUGACAGCAAAAGCAAGCACAAGUGGGCAGCGCAGGUGGCGCGUCAACUGAGGCGCAUGGAGUCCCCUGGCUGCAGGUCUGUGUCGGUGAAGUGGCAUCAGUACAGCUCCACGGCGACGCCCCCUGUGCAAGCUCCCAUGCAGCUCAACGCACUCUUCAACGACUGCCACACGCUGGUCUACGGCUUCGUGGAGCAUUGCACACAGGCCACCCUGUUGGGCGACCUGAGUGGCCAGGAGCUGAGAACCAUGGUGUCCACCAGCGAACUGCAGAAGACCAGCGGCACGUUUCUUCACAAGCUGACAGCUCGGGCUCUCAUCAGAGACUACGAGGACGGGAGUCUGGACUCCAACCAGGCCGAACACGAGGGCAAGAAAAGCCAGUGGAAGCCCUUCAUCAUUGAAUUGAGCAAGGAGUUCUGCAUUCUGUCGCCGUUCACCAGCUUUGUGGCCAUUGAAGAAAGGGAGCCGGAUCAAGAAAGGAAGGCUGUCACAGAUGUCUCCAAGUUGUUGGCUGAAGAAGACGUGGACAUCCUUCCUUACAUCAGCUGGAUGUCUCAGGAGAGCUGCGAAAAUGAGGAAUUAGAGGAUAGCGAUAGUUCAGAGUCUGGAUCAGGCAUUUCAUCCCCUGAUUCCGAGAGUUCAGAGUCUGGAUCAGACAGUGACAUUAGCCUGUUUUCAUCCGAGGCUUCUAUCCUUGAUGUUUUUGAUGGAUGUUGCUGCUUUAUGGAGGAAUAUAUCCAGCAGGAACAGUCAGAGGCUGUUUCUCCUUUUCUUCAUCGUGAACCGAAAGGAGCAAAUGUUAACCAACUAAAAAUCAGCAUGUCCUCUCCUCCUCCACUCAUCUUCCAGGCAUCUGCAACUGGAGCCAUCAAAGAAAAUGUUGACCAACUUCCAAUUGGCAUGCCACCUCCACCUUCGCCCAUCCAUGCACCUUCUGAUGCUCCUCCACCUCCACCUUCACCUCCUCUUAAAAUCAGACGUCGUUCAAUUUUAGGCUCAUCAGCCAGACCAGCUCUACCCCAGAACGUAGCAUUAAUUCGUGAGGCCGGUACACGUUUUAGGUUUUCACGUGACAGGAGGCCUGAAUUCGCUGCACAGUCGUCCACACCACCAAUAGGGUGUGUUAAAUACGAAGGAUCUUUUCCACGGUUCAAGAAGCUUCAAAGUCGACCAAAGACCAUGUCUCCAAACCAAUUGGACGGGUCAGCACUGGGGUUUUCUUUCGGAGUCCCAGCUGCGAGCGACCUCGUUAUGAGUACAACCAUCCAUCCAUCUUCUGAUGCUACUCCACCUCCACGUCCACCUCCUCUUAGAAGCAAGUGUUUUUUCAGGUCAGGCUUAGCCAGAUCAGCCCCACGCCGCAAAGAAGCAUCGACUCCUGAGACCGGCACACUUUUUGGGAGUUCUUCUGGUUUCGUUGCACAGUCGUCAACACCACUAAUCCCGUGUGGUAAAUACGAAGGAUUUCCUCAACAGUCCAGGCAGCCUAUAAAUCAACUAGAGAUCAUGUCUACAAACCAAUUGGACUAUUCAUCACCGGCUCCUCUCCUCGCUGAUACGGAUGAAUUUGACGACUUUAUGUGGAGACCUAUCCAGCAGAGUCAGUCAGUGGCUGUUUCUCCUUUUCCUUUUCGUGGACCUGAAAGAGGAAAUGUUAACCAACCACAAAUCAGCAUGUCCUCUGCUCCUCCACCCAUCUGUCAUUCCUCCCAGGGAUCCCUUCCGACUGGAGCCAACAAAGCAAAUGUUGAACAACUUCCAAUUGGCAUGCCACCUCCACCUCCGCCCAUCCAUCCAUCUUCUGAUGCUCCUCCACCACCACCUCGUCCUCCUUUUAGAACCAGGCAUCAGUAUGCUGAUGCUUCUUCUUCUCCUCUUUUGGUGGCCAACAUACAGGAACAGAAACCGCUACAGCAACAGCAACCGCUACAGCAACAGCAACCACUACAGCAACAGCAACCGCUACAGCAACAGCAACAGCAACCGGUACGGCAACAGCAACCGGUACGGCAACCGCAACGGCAACGGAAAGAGUUACGGCAACAGCAACCGCUACAGCAACAGCAACAGCAACAGCAAGAGCAAGGGGAAAAAGUGGAUAAGAUGUAUUUGCCAUUUAGUGGUUUUAGCCCUCUGCAAUGUUUGCUCAAACCAAAAUCUGCCGCAGGUAGAGGCCCUCAACCCUGUAGCGGAUCGUUUGAGGCGUUCUCACAAAAGCAACUUCCCACAGAAGAUAAAGAUUUUCUAUCGAGGGAGUGUUUUUUACCAGCCAGAUUAGUUCCAUUCACCGAAGUAGCAUCGCCUCCUGCUAUCGACGCACUUGUUGGGGGUUGGAUUGACGUAAUGCAAGAUUCUGGUUUGGUUGAAGAGUCGCCCACACCACUAAUCCCGUGUGGUUCACAAGCAGAAUCUCUCCCAGAGCUCGGCCAGCAGAAAAAUCAAGGCGUGAUUUCAAUUCAAUUGGCUAAGUCGUCACCAGUUGAUUUUUCUUCCGGGGACCAGGAGGCACUCGACAUCGUUUUGGAGGAAGCACCUCGUCGGUUUAGCAGGUCAAAAGUGUCAGCAGUCCUGAUGAAAUGGCCAAGGCUCUUCAAGAUGCAACAUGCGGACGGUUACUGGGACGCGACGGCAAAGCUGGGCGAGUGCGUGGGCGUCGACCUGGACGUCCUUACCAACGACUUCCUGAGAAGCAAAGGCAUCCGCUCGCUCGGUGUGACGGCCCACGCUGACAUCCUCAAGCUGCUGGCGACUCUUCUCGUGCUGCAGCUGAUGAGGUUGGAGAAGCUGCCAGAAGGCCUGCUGCUGCGCACGCUGUUUACGUUGGAGGAACCCCCGAGCAGGAGCGCGUGGCCCCGCUGGCAGCUCGUCAAGAAGGCGGUGGACUGGGUCCGCUGGGCCGACCACCAGUACCCGUGCAUCUGCAGCCGGCUGGAGAUGGCUUUGACCUGGGAGUCCGCCACGCGCCAGCUGCUGGGCUACGAGGUCCUCCCCGCUUUCUCGCCGCUCGCCGGCCUGCCGCUGAGAAGGAACUUUGCCGCCCCGUGCCCCCCUGUGGUCGUCCACUGAGGUCGUACGGCGGGUCACAACAUUAGGUACGCAGUUGCACAACACUGCAGAGGCAGAUGGAGUACUCCGUCUUAUUAGAUGAUGUGCGGGUGUACCUAAUGUUGUGGGAAAAAGGUUAACCCUCUUUGUGUACUUUUAUGUGUCAUUAAUAGGCAACAGUUAAUUUUCAGGUGUUUUCAUCACGAUAUUCAAAGUAGGGCUGGGCGAUAUGGCUGAUAACUGUAUCACGAUAUCAGUGUAUUAUAUCGGUCGACAUAAUUACUGAUAUCAUUUAUGAGCUAUGGAAACUAAGGACCAGGAGAAAUAUGUAUUUAAUUUGAAAUGUAACCUUCUUCUGAUUAUAAUGCCCUUAGCUAUCAAGGCAGAAAUUAAAUGUCAACACAAGCAUGGAAAACAGACACUGCAAACAUAAUUAUAAAAUCACAUUGAACACUUAACAGUAAGCGCUUAAGAUUAAGGAAUAUAAUGCUUCAUGCACUGCAAAAAGUCAGUGUUCAAAAACAAGAAAAAAAAAUACAAAAAUGAGGGGUAUUUUACUUGAACUAAGCAAAAUUAUCUGCCAAUAGAACAAGAAAAUUUCCAAAACAAGUAAAAUUAGCUAACCUCAAUUAACCCCAAAAUACCUUAAAAUAAGAAUAUUCUCACUAAUAACAAGUGCACUUUUCUUGGCAGAAAAAAAAAUUACACCUUUUUGCUCAAUAUGUGGAAAAAUAUUCUUAAAUUAAGUAAAUGCUAGUGCCAUUAUCUUGACAUAAUGAUAUGCGCUCGGCAUCAUGAUUUUUUUUUUCAUGCUUGCCUUGAAGUACGAAAUUGUGACAUUAAAAAAGUAGUUUUAUACUUGUGAGUGUUGAUGACACAGCUUUGCAUGAUAUAUUCUAGUUUCAAGCAUGUUUUACUCAAUAUAGGUCAUCAAAUCUCAGCAACAAGCUGUAAUAUCUUACUGAGAUCAUUUAGGACCAAAACACUUAAAACAAAGUAAAACACUCCAACAUAAAAUCUGCUUAGUGAGAAGAAUGAUCUUAUCAGACAGAAAAUAAGCAAAUAUUACCCUUAUUUGAGAUAUUUAAUCUUACUUAGAUUUCAGUUUUUGCAGUGUAGAGUGUAAAAAAAAUAGUGAAAAGUGUGAAAAUGUAAACACAGAGAAACGUGAGAAGAACUAUUUUCUGCAGGUUUAGUGCUAAGAAAUAAUGUCUGUGUAAAAUUAAUUUGUCCUGUUAUUCUUAUUUAACUACUGUUAUGCUGUAAUUAUUUAAAUAUUAUAUCACGAUAUUUGUCGAUAUCGAUAAUUAUGGAUAUUUUUACGACCUAUGGAAAAUAAGGAGUAGGAGAAAUAUGUAUUUAAUUUGAAAUGUAACCUUCCUCUGAUUAUAAUGCCCUCAGCUAUCAAGGCAGAAAGGAAAUGUCAACACAAGCAUGGAAAACACUCAAAGAAAACAACAUAUUAAAAUCACAUUGAACACUUAACAAUAAGUGCUUAAAAUUAAGGCAUAUGUAAGAAAUGCCUCAUAAAGUGUAAGAAAACAGUGCAAAGUGUGAAAAUGUAAACAGAAACCUGAGAAUAACUAUUUUCUGCAGGUUUAGUGCUAAGAAUUAACGUCUAUGUAACAUUAAUUUGUCCUGUUAUUCUUAUUUAACUACGGAAAGGAAUUUUUGUUAUGCUGUAAUGAUUUCAAUAUUAUUAUAUUGGUUGAUAUCGAUCAUUAUGAAUAUUUCUAUGACCUAUGGAAAAUAAGGAGCCGGGGAAAUAUGUUUUUAAUUUGAAAUGUAACCUUGCUCUGAUUAUAAUGCCCUCAGCUAUCAAGGCAGAAAGGAAAUGUCAACACAAGCAUGGAAAACACUCAAUGUAUACAAAAUAUUCAAAUCACAUUGAACACUUAACAAUAAGCUCUUAAAAUGAAAGAAUAUGCAAGAAAUGUUUCAUAAAGUGUAAGAAAAUAGUGCAAAGUGUGAAAACGUAAACAUAGAGAAACCUGAGAAGAACUAUUUUCUGCAGGCUCAGUGCCAAAAAGUUACGGCUGUGCUCUAAAGGGUGAGCAUGGCUCAGGUGAUCUGACUACGGUCCCUUUAAAAAAAAAAAAAGGAAAAAAAAAAAGUGCCAUACUGUCCAGGUGACUUUUCCUCUUUUAUCCACAAUUUCUUCAUUUUGACUUUCUCUUUGCACUCUAUGUAAAGAAUCAACCGCCAGGCAACCAAACUUGGUAGUCGAUACUGUCACCUGAUUGAUCACUCCCACUGAUCAGUGAUCACUUCCUUGAACCAACCUUGCUUCGCAGCCGCCGCUUUCUUCCGACGAAAAACAGACAAAAAAAUCGAAGGCAUUUUUUAUCGUUAUCGAUUGUGUCCAUCGCGAUAUAUUGAUAUCGUUUUAUCGCCCAGCCCUUAUACAAAUGAUAUGUUUGAAUUUGCACGUGUGACUUUGCACAUGUGUAAAACCAUUUUAACACGGAAAGAGGUUUCACUUUCUUCUUGACAUGAUUAUCUAUGCAUGCUUAACUACUCUUGAUCCAUCCUUAACUGGGUUUUUUUUACACUUUUAUUCUGUCUCACUGCAAAAAGUCAGUGUUAAAAAAAAAAAAAAAAAAUUAGGGGUAUUUUAUUUGAACUAAGCAAAAUUAUCUGCCAACAGAACAAUCAAAUUGGGCUUGUCAAGACUUUCCAAAACAAGUCAAAUUAGCUAACUUCAAUGAACCCAAAAAUACCUUAAAAUAAGUAUAUUCUCAAUAAUAACAAGUGCACUUUUAUUGAUAGAAAGAAAAAAAAAAGAUCUUUUUGCUCAAUAUGAAACCAGAAAACUUAUACUAAAAACUAGUUUAUUGUUCUUAAUGGAAAGGCAACAAGGCAACUGCUUGUUACUCUCGGGGUCUCCUAGCCGCUCAGGCAAAUCAUAUUGUCUAAAAAUGCAUUUUUCCAUCGAUAACAUGACAUCAUCGCGCCAAGUGCGUGCUCUUACAGUCAAUUAGUGCGCAUAUAUACAGCCCGGCCCCCGGCCAAAACAUUUUUUAUUGUAAUUUUGAAGAAUACAUCUGAAUGUGCAUGAACUAUUUCUGUUCAAAAUUGUUAGAAAUGUCAAAUCUUAAAUGUUUAAAUAUUAACUGUCAGUUUACUGUACUGUGCCAACUGUACUACUAUAUGAGUACGUAUUUUCUAUUGUUUCAUUGAAAAUAAAACAGCAAAGUCCAUCCGUUUUAAUUAUGAGACAAAAUUGAGUCAAAGUCAUGAUUUUUUUUUCAUGCUUGAAAUAAGAAAUUAUUACUUUGAAAAAGUAGUUUUAUACUUGUGAGUGUUGAUGACACAGCUUUACAACACUUGAUAUUCUAGUUUCAAGCAUGUUUUACUCAAUAUAGGUCAUCAAAUCUCAGCAACAAGCUGUAAUAUCUUACUGAGAUCAUUUAGGACCAAAACACUUAAAACAAGUAAAACACUCUAACAUAAAAUCUGCUUAGAAGAAUUAUCUUAUCAGACAGAAAAUAAGAAAAUAUCACCCUUAUUUGAGAUAUUUCAUCUUACUUAGAUUUCAGUUUUUGCAGUGCUUACAAAGGAGGACAGCCAGUGUGGCCGUGCAAGCGUAUGUCGGUCAAUCUCACUCCCUGAGGCCUUCGGCGUUGACAGGCUUUUAAUUUGACAGGUUAUACAUGUCACCACAUGACAGGAAGUGUAACAUGUCAGUGUGACCUUUGUCCCCCCCCCCCUCCAGCCUGGCGUUUCAACUCCUGACCCUGCCGUCACUGUUUUUAUUCCGCUUUUCCUGCCAUUUUUAGGGUAACUUUGCAAAUAGUUGGGUUUUAGUGGGAAACGUUGCGUGUAGAUCCGAUGUUUUCAUGGCAGACAGCUAAAAUUAUAUGUUUUGCUUUCAUUUUAUUCCUUCUCCUAUACAACAAAACAAUGUCAUGAUGUGCAUGGACUUAUAUUCUUAUUGUUUACUGUCAUUUUGAAAAUGGGUCAUGUUUUAGAAAUGUAUGAAUGAGGGAAUUUUCAUGUGGGUUUGCGCUAUCAAGCGGGGUUUAACCCAGAUUAAAAUACAUUUACGUGA